AAAAAACACAUCUUAAUGUGUGAGUCAUGCAUCAGAUUCAGUGUACUGUAAGGGCAUUAAUUACAAUUCCAAAGCCUUCACAUGCACACUAGUCUAUAGGCUUGUUUGACAGGGAAGGCCAAGAUGUUUACUAAGGAGAACAUUAGUCCAGUUUAUGGUUUUGUAGCCUAGACAAUACAUAACAAACCUUGAUUUUAAAACAAGGAGACACUUCUUAUGGAACCCAUAUUAAUUUACUGUUGGAGAAGUUUGCCAAUAGCCAAGAAAUCUCUGACCAGUUUUUAUAGUAACUGAAUUGUGAUACUACCAUCUAUGGCUGAGGGUUUCCAUUUGACAAUUACAAUAAACUAAAUUGAUAUACAAUCUGGACACAAGGGAGCAUUCAGUUCAAAAUGGCCCGAGAUGGGCAAUAAAAAAAGGAAACACAUUUGCUUCAAAACAAACAAUUGCUUUAAAACAAUUUCAGCUCUGCAACACAGUACAGAAUGAAUAUUGUUUUCAGCACCCUGAGUUAAAACACUGUUGAGGCACCACACCUGCUAGUCUCCAGCGGUCACAGACAGUUAACCUCAAGAUUUGAAACUCAUUUGAGUUAACGAUGCUUCACAAACUGCCUGCAGACGGUGAGUUUGGUACUGUAGCUGAGUUAGAAAGUAAAAAGGUUAGCUCCUUGAAAUUGCGGGAUCUGGGCAUAGCACUCCAAAAACUCCUAAACUCCCAAACUGCAGACAAGCUGCAACUACUUGAGCUGGGACACCUGCGUGAGUAGUAGCAUGUCCCUGCAAACUCUGACUGCAGUGAACUGUGCAAGCCUUCUUCAGCCAGGCUGCUCACUGCUCCAGCUGGAUGGAGAAGUGUUCCUGUUUGGUCAGAAAGGCUGGCCCAAGCGCUCAUGUCCGACUGGUGUGUUUGGGGUUCGACUGAAGUCCGGAGAACUAAAGCUCCGAGCCAUCUCCUUCUCCAACGACUCCUGCUACCUCCCUCCUCUGCGCUGUCCUGCCAUAACGCGCCUUGAGCCCCAUGACGGAGAUGCAGAGGGGUACCUCGUCCAUGGGGGCCGCACCCCAAACAAUGAAAUCUCAGCCAGCCUCUACCUGUUGACCUUGGACAGCCGCGGCUGCAACCGCAAGGUGACCCUGCGCUGCCAGGAGAAAGUACUAGUGGGGGAAACCCCAGGGCCGCGUUACGGCCAUACCCUCAGCAUGGUGCACAGCCGAGGAAAGAAGGCCUGUGUUCUGUUUGGUGGCCGAUCCUACAUGCCCGCAGGGGAGCGGACCUCGGAGAACUGGAACAGCGUAGUGGACUGCUCCCCUCAGGUGUUCGUCAUCGACCUGGAGUUCGGCUGCUGCUCCGCCCACGACUUACCUGAGCUUGGUGACGGCCAAUCCUUUCACCUGGCUCUGUCCAGGGAGGACUGUGUGUACUUUCUGGGAGGUCACACCCUCUCUUCCGACUCCCGCCCACCUCGGCUCUUCCGCCUGCGGGUCGAGCUUCUCCAGGGCAGCCCCCUUCUCUCUUGCCAGGCCCUGGACACUGGCAUCUCCAUUACCAGCGCCAUCGUCAACCGUGUCAGCCCCUCACAUGAGUACAUCAUACUUGGUGGAUAUCAGUCUGAGACCCAGAAGAGGAUGGAAUGCAACAGUGUGGUUCUGAGUGACACAGGUAUCCACAUCGAACCCAGAGAUUCCCCCCAGUGGAACGCGGACAUCAGCCACAGCCGCACCUGGUUCGGUGGCAGUCUCGGUGAGGGGACCGUCCUCAUUGGAGUCCCGUCAGAGGGCAGGCCGUCCUUACCAGAAGCCCAUUACUUCUUCCAAGUGCGCUUUCAGAAAGACGGGGAGGGAGAGGAGGAGGGCGGGACGCAGGCCUGCAGCCAGGAGUCCACAGAUUUCGAGGACUCUGCUCCACUCGAGGACUCGGAGGAACUGUACUUUGGCCGCGAGCCCCACGAGCUGGAGGACAACAGUGAAGGAGAGGGAGAUACUUACAAUGAGGAGGACGAAGAGGACGAGUCCCAGACCGGCUAUUGGAUCAAAUGUUGUGUGGGCUGCCAGGUGGACCCCAACACUUGGGAGCCCUACUACUCCACGGAGCUCUGUCGGCCAGCCAUGAUCUACUGCUCCAGGGGGGAAGGAGGCCACUGGGUCCAUGCCCAGUGUAUGGAGCUGUCGGAGAGCCUUCUGGUGAAGCUGUCUCAGGGCAACAGCAAGUACUUCUGUCUGGAUCACGGAGGCCUGCCACGGCAGGAGACGACCCCCCCACGCCAGCAGCUGACACUGAAGCGCACCCCAAUGAAGAUGCAACAUCGAAAGACCUCAACCAUUUCUCUUACCCUGACCAAGAAGAGCUUCUUGAGAAGGCUGUUUGAAUGAUUCAUGAUUAUGCUACAAAUUGGACUGACUGAUUAACUUUUUUGGACAUAUCUACUGUCGACACAGUUCAUAAUACAUUGGAUUAGCAAUAUUGCCAUAACAAAUUUAACCUUAUUGAAAAUCUUAUAUUUUACAGUGUUAAAAUAAAAAAGAAGUUUAAUCUAUGUGAAGGGUAUUAGCAUGCAGUUAAAUGUUAAACUUGUGUCAUGUACUGUAAUGGUUGUGUACCCUUUUAGAAACUAGUUUGAAUGCUUGUAUUUGUGAUUGAUUAUAUUGGUA